ACACUUGUUGCAUUCACUUAAGUAUAGAGAUCGCUGCAGUAUUUUUCAAUAUAAUAUUUCAUGUUCAAUAACAAGUAGAACUUGAACAAACUCACUAUUAGUAAAUAUAUAAAAAAGUUUAUUUUGAAUACAAGAUGGUUAAAAAUGUUACAAAAAUCCUUGAUAUUUCGUGGAGAUUUGGUGUAACUGCGGCGAGUAAUGAAUCUGACAACAUGGGGAAAUCGUUUCUGCAUUUAAAAUUAAAUUUAGAAGAAAAUGGCAAAACUAGGAAUGUUUUUGUAGAAAUGACAAUCAGUGAAUUUUAUAAAUUUCUACAUGAUCUAGAAAAAGCAAAAUGUAAUCUUGAUCUAUUACUUUGAAUUUAAAAUAUUUAAUUAUAAGUUAAUUCCCUAACAUGAAUGUUUUAUAAAAAUACUUUAAUUGUACAAGUGCAAUAUUACAUUAAAUAAAAUAGUACAACUAAAAAUUGGUUAUUUACAAAUAUGUAAUCUACUAUGACUAGUUUACAUAAAAAUUGAAAAUGUUAAAAAUAUAAAAGAAAUAUAAAAUAAUUUUAGUAUUACUGAAAAUAUUUUUAUAUACAUAAUCUCAAAUUACUAAAUAUCAUACCUUUUAAAAUUAGGCUUCCAUUUCAUUAGCUUAAAAAUAUACUGUGGUCAUAUAUACAUUGUUAGAUGAAAGAAGUUUUUCACAUUAAACAAUCACUUUCUGAAAUUCCAUUUAAAGAUUUAUGUAGAUUCUAUUUUGAAGAACCUGUCAUCU